GUCCCCUUGUCUGCUUUCGCCGCCAACUCGUGAAAGCCUCAGCACAUAGAACAAGUUUGGUGCCUCAACCACCGGAAAGCGCUUCUGCACCAUCAACAACAACAACAACAACCAUUCUCAGUUCUCACAUUCACCACCGCUUUGUUUCUUCUUUGCCAUAACAAUCGAGCUUCUUGCUUGCAGUUGCAGGAGGGAAAAAAGGAACUGAGAUUCUCACGUACGGUGAACAAAGCAUAGCACAUGUUGAGGCUGAAAAUAUAGGAAUCCCAAUUGUUAAUCCUUUUCCCUUUUUUCAUGGACGGUGGAAAUUCAACAUUCAUAGCAUCAAUGCCUUAAAAUAGCAAUUUGAAAAUGGGGGAAAAGCAAUCUUUGCGGAGUAAAGCUUCCCACUUUGUUUCAGAUCUCACCACUCUUCUUCUCAACCCUAUCUCUGAUAACAAAAACAACAACAACAACAACAAACCCUCUCCUCCUUCCUCUGAAGAAGAAGUGGGGGAGUCAAAAGAAAGUGAAUUAGAGGGUGCCCAUGAUUUAGUUGAUGGGCCUGAUACUUCAUCCUUCACUGCAUUCCUCUAUUCUUUUUUGUCUUCCUCUGAUUCUGGGGGAAACUGUGAUGUAACUGCAGCUGCUGCUGGUGGUGGUAUUUUAUUGGAUUCUGUCAUGAAGGAAGAUUUUCGUGUGAAGAGAAGCUUGUUUUCCAGGACACUUGGUCUGGCCAUUCACCAAGCUGUCAGAAUGGGCGGGUUUCGCUCGAAAGAUCGCAGGGAUGAGUCGGAGGCUGAGUUUGAUGAUGGGUGUGGUGUUGAGAUGAGGCAUUUUCAGCCUGUCAAAGUGCCUAUUCCUGUUGUGCCUGUGGAUGAUCAUCCGCCGGAAGUUUCUGAACCUUCGAAGCUUAUUUCAGACAGUGUAAGAAAUGCUGUGUAUGAUUCGCUUCCGGCUAUUAUUCAUGGGAGGAAAUGGCUAAUGCUAUACAGUACUUGGAAGCAUGGUAUAUCACUUGCAACUCUUUACCGGAGAAGCAUGGUUUGGCCUGGACUGAGUUUGCUGGUUGUUGGAGACCGUAAAGGAGCAGUAUUUGGUGCCGUGGUUGAAGCACCUCUUAUAGCGUCUAACAAGAGAAAGUACCAGGGAACAAACAAUUCAUUUGUUUUCACAAAUACCUCUGGUUGUCCUGUUAUAUAUCGCCCAACAGGAGUAAACCGCUACUUCACACUUUGCACGUCCGACUUCAUAGCGAUAGGUGGGGGUAGUCAUUUUGCACUUUAUUUGGAUGGUGACCUAUUGAAUGGAUCAAGUUCAGUCUCAGAAACGUAUGGGAAUCCUUGCCUUGCACACUCUCAAGAGUUUGAAGUGAAGGAAGUAGAGUUAUGGGGCUUUGUAUAUCCUUCAAAGUAUGAGGAAAUAAUGGCAUUAAGCAGAAAAGAGGAAGCACUUGGGCUCUGUCACUGGUAAAUAUCUCUAAACAUGUUUCAGAUGUUAGUCAAAGUGCCUUGAAGUUUGCCGAAUCAUAAGCUUGAGAAUUUCUGCUAGUGAGGGAUGCUCAGUUGAUAAUAUGAUGCAGAGAUUUUAUGUAAUCCACUCAUAUUAUCACUAUGUAACAUGCUUGUAAAUAUUUACAAGGUUGUAUAUACACAGUUUAUUAAUACCCUUUACAAAAUCGCCAAUUUUGCACAGAAUACAAGUUGGAGCAAAUUUAUGUGUUUGUAUACCUUCUACUUAAGGGAAUUGAUUUUGAAUGAAUGUAUAUAACUGAUCCAAA